UUUAGCAACAAGAAACGCGCCCUAGUAUGCCAAGCCGCCGAACACAAGUUUGCUGGUAUGCCCUGUGGCAUUAUGGAUCAAAUGAUUUCCGUCGCUGGACAAAAGGAUCAUGCGCUGCUGUUAGACUGUCGCUCCUUGGAUGCAUUCCAAAUACCUUUUAUUGGCAGCUCCAAGGAUUUUGUGGUCUUAAUUUGCAAUUCAGGUGUACGCCACGAAUUAUCGCAUAGUGAAUAUCCAACAAGACGUAAACAAUGCGGCGAGGCACUCAAGCUAAUGGCAAAGGCGAGCUAUAGAGAUGCCAACGAGGAUAACUUGUCAGUGUUGCAGUCAGAUCCGGUACUAUUGCGUCGCGCCCGUUAUGUCAUAACGGAAACGAAACGUACACAAGACGCGGCCGCAGCCUUGAAGGCACACGAUUUUGCAAAGAUGGGCGCACUAAUGAAAGAGUCACAUACAUCACUACGUGACGAUUUCGAAGUAUCCUGCCGUGAAUUGGAUGUCCUGGUCGAUGCGGCCAUUAAUUGUUCUGGUGUUUUGGGAUCACGUAUGACUGGCGGUGGCUUCGGUGGCUGCACCGUUACGCUACUGCAACGCAAUGCCGUUGACNGAUUUGUGAGAAAUGAUACGAAUUCGAAAACGAAUGCGGAGAUAAAUACGAAAACAACGACGAAGAUGAAUGCGAACAAGGAUACGACAACGAAUACGGAG